UCGAAAACGUCGUUUACUACUGUUAACGGUUGUUGCUGUUGUGCCGUUUGUUGUUGUUAUUGUUCCUCCCCGACGGGGGAGCAACUCAGUCGGAAUAAGUGUGCCGCGUGUGACAUGACGCUUCUCAACUGAAGGAGUUUCCGGCUUUCUCAACGUCUCUCGCCGGAGUCAGGGCGCGAGAUACGUCGUACAGAUAUUGCCACGCAUCGAGCGGGAAACCACGCAGGAAGGAUGUAUCCCAGCGCCGGAAUCAACGCAGCCGCCGUGGCCGCCGCCGCUGCCAGGCAUCCGGGUCCACCGCAGCCUGGACAGCCGUUCAAAUUUUCUGUCGGCGAAUCCUGCGAUCGUAUCAAGGAGGAAUUCAACUUUUUACAGGCCCAAUACCACAGUAUUAAGUUGGAGCUGGAGAAACUCGCCCAGGAGAAGACGGAGAUGCAGCGCCACUACGUCAUGUAUUACGAGAUGUCGUACGGGCUUAACGUGGAGAUGCACAAACAGACGGAAAUAGCGAAAAGGCUGAACGCGAUCGUCGUGCAGAUCCUGCCUUUUCUCUCUCAGGAGCAUCAGCAGCAAGUCGCUUCAGCACUCGACAGAGCCAAACAAGUGACCAUGACCGAGCUGAACACUAUCAUCGGGCAACAGAGGCCUGAUUUACCGAGACUCCUGCAACAGAUGCACGCCCAGCAACUGCCACCGGGUGCGGCGAUGGGACCGCAUCCGGGUAUACCCGGACUUCCUGGGUUGGGCCCGGGCGCGGGUAUACCGGUCCCCACCUCGGCAUCCGCGGCGCUUCUCGGUUUAGGCCUUCCCCCAGGAGCGGCUGGCACCCCCGGAGGUACGGCCGCACAUCCGCUGUCGAUGCUGACCAAACCGGAACUUCAUCGCGGUCAACCCGACGAUCUCAAACCUAACGGAGGUCUCAAUCCGGCUGAGGAGAGGCAUAGGAACUCGAUAUCUCCAGCGGAACGGGAGAAGUACAGACCGCGUAGCACACCCGAUCCGCAGCACGAACAUCUGCUGGGUAAGAAAUUGAAGAAGGAACAGGACAAAGACAUAGGCCAUCAAAGCGAUGGUGAAAAGAGCGACCAAGACCUGGUGGUCGACGACGCGAGCGAGGGUCCGACCAGCCCGGCGGCGAAUGGCACGGCGUCACCGCGAGAAAACGGUCUCGACAAGUUGGGCCCGUCGUCGGUGACUAUGAGCGGCCAGGUCAAGAAAGAAGUACCACCGCCAUCACCUAGAAGUGGUACUAGCAGUAAUGCGAGCACGCCUUCGGCCAAAAAGAUGGAAGAACGUGAGAAACCAACGACACCGAUCUCGAAACCGGUCACACCGACGUCGGCAGGUAGCAGUUCUGGCUCCGGUGGCCUAAAACCAUCGAGUUCCAGUAAACCGUUAGUUUCGGCUUCGGUGGUCGGCCCUUAUCCGCCGCACUAUCCGCCGCCACAUCAUCCACCCGCAGGACCUCACGUGGACAUGCUGGGCUAUCCUCCAGCGGCACUCAACGGUGGUUACCCUACGAGACCUCCCCUUCAACAGCUUUAUGAUCCUCAUGGCAGCAUGAGAGCACCACUCGGACCGAUCAUUCCUCCCGGUGGUAAACCCAGUGCCUACAGUUUCCACGUAUCUAGCGAAGGUCAGAUGCAGCCGGUACCGUUCCCGCAAGAUGCGCUCAUUGGCCAGGGUAUUCCGCGACAUGCGCGUCAAAUAAAUACGCUAACUCACGGUGAGGUAGUCUGUGCCGUGACGAUCUCGAAUCCGACAAAGUACGUCUACACCGGCGGCAAAGGUUGCGUUAAAGUGUGGGACAUCAGCCAGGGUGGUAGUGCUAGUGCGAAACCCGUCUCCCAGCUUGAUUGCCUGCAACGGGACAACUAUAUCAGAUCGGUGAAGUUGUUACCUGACGGCAGAACUCUCAUUGUGGGAGGCGAGGCGAGUAACCUCAGCAUCUGGGACUUGGCUAGUCCGACACCGAGAAUCAAAGCAGAACUGACCUCCUCGGCGCCGGCGUGUUAUGCUCUAGCCAUCUCGCCGGACUCGAAGGUCUGCUUCAGCUGUUGUAGCGAUGGCAACAUUGCCGUCUGGGAUUUGCAGAAUCAAACGUUGGUUAGACAAUUCCAAGGUCACACGGAUGGCGCCUCUUGCAUCGACAUCUCCGCCGACGGCUCGAAACUGUGGACAGGUGGUCUCGAUAACACUGUGCGCUCCUGGGACCUUAGGGAGGGUAGACAACUGCAGCAGCACGAUUUCACGUCACAGAUAUUCUCUUUGGGAUACUGCCCGACCGGGGAAUGGUUAGCUGUUGGUAUGGAGAAUUCGAAUGUCGAAGUACUUCAUGCCACGAAACCCGACAAAUACCAGUUGCAUCUGCACGAAUCUUGUGUGCUAUCGUUACGCUUCGCUUCGUGCGGCAAGUGGUUCGUUUCCACCGGCAAGGACAAUUUACUUAAUGCCUGGCGCACGCCAUAUGGUGCCUCGAUUUUCCAGUCGAAAGAAUCGUCUUCGGUGCUCAGCUGCGAUAUUUCUACGGACGACAAGUACAUCGUGACCGGAUCUGGCGACAAGAAAGCCACCGUCUACGAAGUGAUAUAUUGAGCCACAUAUUGACUUGACAAUACACUUCGAUACAACAUCGAUUGAAGUUUCACGUGACAUUAAGUGUGACUUAUAACGGAGGAAUUGAAAAAAGAAAAUUAAUUUUUUUUACUGCAAAUGUGACUAAUAAUAAAUGUGAAUUUAAGGAACUACGAAAUGCGAAUUAUAAAGUUUAACAAGAAUUGACAAGACUUGGUCGAUGUACUACGGUCGCUACAUUCGACGGAAACCGAAUUAAAUUUCACAUUUCUAUAAUCCCAAAAAA